AUGUACAAGCCAGGGAAGUCGCAGGUAUCCCCCUUCCUGCAGCAGGUCUUCAUGCCUCUGGUCCUCUCGAUCUUUGAGGUUUUGGGCCGCCCGGCGGAGGAGAACGACCAGGCGGCGGCGCUGGAGAAGCAGAUGCUGAGGAGGAGCUACUUCACCUUCAUCCAGACGGUGGCCGGCAGCGGCAUGAACGAGGUCAUGGCCAACCAGGGAGCGGAGAACAUCGAGCGCGUCGUGUUCACGAUCAUCCAGGGCGCCGUGGACUUCCCCGACCCGAUCGCCCAGAAGAGCUGCUUCAUCAUCCUCUCCAAGCUGGUGGAGCUGUGGGGAGGGAAAGACGGCAUGGUGGGAUUCCCCGACUUCAUCUACAAACACAUCGUCCCCGCCUGUUUCCUCGCUCCGCUCAAACCCAGCUUCGACCUCUCAGACGCUCAGACCGUUCUGACGCUGUCGGAGUGUGCGAUCACGCUGAAAACUAUUCAUCUCAAACGGGGUCUGGAGUUUAUCCAGUUUCUGCAGCAGGAGUAUCUUCCCUCUCUGCAGGUCGCUCCGGAGAUCUCACAGGAGCUCUGUCAGGUUCUUCAGCAGCCGGACGUGAAAGUCCUGAAAAACUACAUAAAGGCGUUCUUCCAGCGGGCGAAAGACCUUAGCAUAGGAGCUGCUUUUGCACUUAAAUGUGGCUCGAAGGACGGAAGAAUCCUCCGAAGACGAGCUGUCCACGACUAA